UUAACCAAGCACGAAACAUAAAAAGGUCUUCCCCUCCUACCAUCUGGUCAAGUUCCAAAAAAACAAAGACCCUCUCAAGCUCAACCAAGCACUCGAAAUUCUCUCUCUCUGGCUUGCUUUUGUUCUGCAACAAAUGAACGGGAGAACAACAGUUUUGAUAUUGUUCUUCUGGGCUGUGCUCACCAUUGUCACUCCCAUGCUAGUUCGGAUGUCGGCUUCGGCAAAACCCACGUUUCAUUUCAAUGGUGAGGAAACCGAAGGAUCCAAGGCUGGAAAGGGAUUGUUGUCCAGAAGAGCACUUGUAGCCGCGGCACCACCGCCGCCACCACCGCCACCUCUGCCUCUUGCACCAGCACCAGAGCCAUCACCGAAAAUCAAACCGCGGCUUGCGAUCAAUAAGAUUGUGGAAAGAUGAAGAAUGGUGCAUGUUUGGUCGCAAUUUAUAAGUAGUGUAGUGAGGUCACAUACUUCAACCCUUUUUUACUGUCACUUUUGUUCACACAAAAGGGUGAGAAAUAAUGAGAAACAGGUGAGACUUGGAGAGGAAGAGGACUCUACGAUCUGCCAUGGUUAGUUUCUCACCAAGUUUCACCUUUUUUUCAAAUGAGGAACAAAACUGUGUAUAUUUGAAGCUUUUAUAAAAAGAAAUUUGCUAUCGAUCGAACCUGUACGUAUCUCAAAUGUUGCAUUCCUUUCUUACUGUUUCGGAACCAAGUUUUUCCAUUGCUUUCAAAGUCUACAUGAAUUAGGAAGCAGUAUUUAUUGA